AUGGCCGAGAUGGAAGCCCGCACCGUCAGCGGCGCUCGAUUCGAGUACCAGACCGCCAAGCUGAACGGGGUCACUUACAACUACAUCCUCGCUGAGCCGCCUUCGGGCAAAGUCGUCGGCACCAUCUUCCUCAUCCAUGGAUGGCCUGACAUGUCGCUGGGAUGGCGGAACCAGAUCCCCUUCCUCCUCUCCAAGGGCCUCCGCGUCGUCGCCCCGGACAUGAUGGGCUACGGAGGCACCGAUGCGCCUGAGGAUGUGGGCUUCUACACCUUUAAGCGCGCCUCGGACGACAUUGCCGCGCUCGCCAGCCACCUCGGCCUGUCGCGCAUCAUCCUCGGCGGCCACGACUGGGGCGGUGCCGUCGUCUACCGCGCCGCCCUCUGGCACCCGGAGCUGGUUUCGGCCUUUUUCGUCAUCAGCACGCCGUUCGCGGCCCCGCGCCUCACCUACGUCGACCAGGCCACGGCGCUGCCCACGCUGCACUACCAGCUGCAGUUCCGCACCGACGCCGUCCAGGACUACAUCGGCCUCGGCGACGCCCAGAACGCCACCCGCGUGCGCCAGAUCCUCAACACCAUCUACGGCGUCACCCUCCCCGGCGGUGGCUCCGCCUUCAACUCGAGCGGCGACGGCUUCACCUUUGAGCUGCUCGACGCCGUCACCGAGGACACCCCGCUGCUGACCGAGGAGGAGCUGGACCUGUACGUCGACAGCUACACGAGCGACCCCUUCAACCGCACCCUGAACUGGUACCGCACCGGCGAGCUGAACUGGCAGGACGAGCUUGCCCUCGUGCCCGCCGGCGCCGCCUACACGGCCAAGUACGCCCAGCCCGCGCUGUACAUCGGCGGCACCCUGGACACGGCGCUGCCCCCGAUCCUGUCGACCGGCAUGGAGACCUACUUCGACAGCCUGGCCCGCGGCGAGGUCAACGGCUCGCACUGGGUCAUGUGGGAGCAGCCCGAGGCCGUCAACGGCUACGUCGGCAACUGGCUGGCCGGCUCGGUCCUGGGCAACCUGACGAUUGGCCUGAACGCCACCGCCGGCUGCGCCUCUUUACAAUGA